CCUGACCCAAACAAUCUUGCGUCUCAUCUCUUUACCUGUCACUCACAGACUCAAUAUUAUGGAAAAUGUGAUAUAAAAAGGUCUUUUAACUGGACUGACCAGAAAGUGCCCCAAUUAAUUAGCAUUGGCACAGUUUCGCAAGACGUGCAUUCUGCCACAAACAUUCUACUCCUGCAUACGUAUAGCAUGACGCUGACUGCCACGUAUAGUAUAUUAAAUGCAUUUUUGAGGGAUCUCCCUCUGACCUAUUGCCACCCUUAAUACCAAAUACCGCCCAACAUGCUCUCCUACCCUUGAACUUCAUCACAAAUUUGGCUCAGUAACCUCGCGGAUCGACCUUCCUACAAUUCUUCAACAUGACCGAGCACAUGGAGUACUCUAAGACAAAGAAGACCACACCCCUCACUCGAAGUGAAGCGUUGAUUUUGAUUCCUCAGCCUAGCAACGACCCCCAAGAUCCAUUGGUAGGUAGUGUUGUCUCCUUACUGAGGCAUCCUUUGUGCUCACAAGAACUCUAGAACUGGUCGGCGAAGAAGAAAUACACUACCCUCUUUGUAUUAUGUUUUUCUUGCUUUGCUUCAACAUGUGGUCCUACCUCCUUCCAACUUGCCUAUGUUCUCCAGGCACCGACAUACCAUAAGAGCACAAUCGCACUGUCUUACUCGGUCACUGCAGCCGUUGCAGGGUUGUUCGGCGGUCCCAUCCUUCUAAGCCCUCUUGCUAAAGUCUACGGUCGCUCGUCAGUAAUCCUAUGGUCAUUAAUGGCUGCCUUUGCGUGCCAGAUUUGGGGCGCCUGUAUGACGGGAAGUAACGACUACAUACCUUUUGUUCUAUCUCGCUGGAUGGCUGGCAUGUUCGCUGCUUUACCAACGACUCUUACGCCGAGCUAUAUCAUUGAUAUUUUCUUCUUGCACCAGCGUGGGCGUGCGUUUAUGUGUCUUGAGGUGAGCCUUCUGGGAUCGGUGAUCAUCAGUCCAACGCUGGGAGGGUUCAUUGUCGAGAGUCAAGAAUGGCCCGUUACUUUGUGGUGGACUCUUGCUCCGAUUGGAUUGGCAGCACUCCUCGUCUUCGGUAUUCUUGAAGAAACUGGCUUUGCACGGGGACAAAACACAACAAUUUAUCCCGCAGUCCCGAUUCCCUAUUUGAAAAAUAGAUUCGUAACUUUCUUCCCUGGCUCAAAGAUCGUACCAUCACUGAGCAUCAGAGCUGUGGUGAGUGUUCUAUGCUCAACUAUCUGUCACUUGCUGAUGGACUGUAUUUCAGAUGAAAACUGCUAUUUCACCAUUUAUUAUAGGUAUAGCACCUAUCACAAUACUUUCUGGUUUGUUUCUAUUCUUUGCUUUCGGUUUUACGAUCCUUAUAAAUAUCUUAAACACAAUGGUGCUUCAAACGCCUGUCGAACAUGGAGGGUACGGGUUCUCACCUUUGCAAAAUGCGCUUUGUAAGUUUCUCUUUUCCCCUGUAAAUAUUCUCAAUUAACUUUUCACCUAGUUUCCUUCACUGCGUGGAUGGGUGUAGUUGUCGCUCAAGUAGUUGGAUAUCUCUUAGGCGACCGGAUUCCCCUGUGGGUCUCUAGAAGAAACGGGAAUAUUUGGCAUCCCGAGUAUCGACUCUGGAACAUGUUCCUACCGGCUCUACUAGGCCCGGUAGGCUUUGGCCUCUACGGUGCCGGCGUACAAUACCAUUUACACUACAUGGUUAUGGCACUGGGGUUUUUCUUCGUUAUUUUUGCCUCUACUAUGUCUGUUCCGGUCUGUCUCAACUACGUCGUAGAGUGUUUUCUAGAUUCGGCAAAUGAGGCUGCGAUUAUCAUGAAUUGUUACCGUUUAGCAUUUGCUAUCGCGUUGGGGUUUUUCGUGUUUCCAUGGGAAGAGAAGGUUGGUGAAGGGUGGACUUUUGGUAUGGUUGCGUUUUUUGAUCUUUUCGCUGCGUUGCUUAUUGUUGUUUUGGCUUGGAGAGGGAGAUAUUUACGAAAGUUCAGCUCGAAGGACUUCUUACAAACUGAGGAAGGUGAACAUAUUACUGUUAUGGAUGACGAUUCGAGGGUAAAUAAGGUCUAA